GGAGCAGCGACCCCUCUACCGAGGACUAACACUUACCCUGCUCCUCUGAGCCCUCAUCCAGUAUUUUCAAGGGGGAGCUGCGACGUUUUCACGGAGGAUGGACGAACCGAUCCUUUGUCAGUCCAGGCACCGCCGCGUUCACCGACCUCUGGACCGCUGAAUCCGUUUUCAGGAUCCAGUAAAUGUCCCAGCCAAUUCCCGGGAUCUAAUCCUGCUCCUGAUCCGCGCCAAAGGACACGUAACCUCUCUGGGUCUCCAGGGCCAAAGGUUUCCAAGAAGGUGCAUUUCAUCAAGAAUAUGAGACAGUAUGACACUCGAGGGAGCAGGGUUGUGCUGAUCUGUGCCAAGAGAUCCCUGUGUGCUGCUUUCUCUGUAUUGCCCUAUGGAGAGAGCUAUCACAUCAGUGACCCUAAACUAGAAGCCCAGAGACAGAGACACUCUUCUGGUGGGGGAGGUGAUAUGGUCCCUGGACUGGAGGGAGUGGAGGUGGACUUUGGAAAGACGGUAUCAUAUGCCCGUUUUCUGCUUCCAACUAAUGCCUUGGUCCGGCAGAAGAGCAGCGGCCCACCUGACAUCAGUGCAGCGCAGAUGCCAGUCUCUCGCAACCGUAUUAACGGGCAGAAGAACUUCACCCCUUCUCGGAUCACCAGCGCAGUUGGACAAGAUACUUGUGUGGACGAGCUAUCAGACUAUGAUCCCAACUUGCUCAGUGACCCCCAGUGGCCUUGUGGGAAGCACAAGCGAGUCUUAAUUUUCGCAUCUUAUGUGACUACGGUUAUUGAGUAUGUGAAACCGUCUGACUUGAAGAAAGACAUGAACGAGACAUUCAAGGAGAAGUUUCCUCACAUAAAGCUGACACUCAGCAAAAUCAGAAGUUUGAAAAGAGAGAUGCGCUCUGUGAGCGAAGAGUGUGGCCUACAGCCGGUUACAAUAGCGAUGGCUUAUGUUUACUUCGAGAAGCUGGUUCUGCAAGGGAGGCUGAACAAGCACAACCGAAAGCUGGUGUCUGCUGCUUGCGUCUUAUUAGCUGCCAAGAUCAGCAGCGACCUCAAGAAACAAGAAGUCAAGCAGCUGAUCGAUAGGUUGGAGGAGCGUUUCCGAAUAAAUUGCAAGGAGUUGAUUUCCCUGGAGUUCACGGUUCUGGUUGCUUUGGAGAUGGCACUCUACCUCCCGGACAGCAAGGUCAUGCCUCACUAUCGCAGGCUUGUGCAGCAGGGCUGAAAUGGAGAGGGUCCUUAAAGGGAUGGUUCAUCCAAAAAACUUUAAUUCCGUCAUCACUUACUCGCCCUGAUAUUGUUCAAAACCUGUAUGUCUUUCUUCUUUUUUUUUUUUUGCAGAACACAAAAGAAAAUAUUUUUUAAAAUGUUGAUAACCAAACCUUUUUGGUUACCUCUUGAAAUAUAUUUUGCGGUAUGUUUCACAGAACAAAGUAAGUCAUACAGGCUUGGAACAACACGAGGGUGAGAAUUGAUGACACAAUUUUCAUUUUGGUGUGAACUUUCCCUUUAAGAGCUGCCUGUAGACCAUAGAGAUGACACUCUUGUGUUAUGGCAGUUCGGAAAGGUUAUUUGUAUUAUUUAUUGGUUAAAUGGAUAAGUGGAAUUUUCUAUCAGCUAUGUACAGGUUUCAGCACUCCAUCUUCACUUGUUUAUGUCCUUCAUGGAACUGAUUUUAUAAAUCAAACACAUUUAUGGAGACACUUUCUUUAAGCACUGAUAAUUUUUGAAUCAUUUAUUUAUUUUAAUUUUUUAAUACCACAAAUGCUUAUUAACCACCGUAGAUCAUAGCUUUUUCUAAUGCACAACUUUAUUUAUGCAAUAUUUUAUUUAUGGACAUUAAUUUCAUUAGAAUACAUAAUUUAUGAAUACUGAAUAUAUUUUGAAUGCUUUUUCACAUAGGUGUUUUUUGUUUGUUUGCCUUUCUGAUGAGUUUUCGGGUAUGUGUGGCAUUCCGAUGCGUAUCCUGCCAGGCACUCUAUGUUAGAGAUGACAUUUAACGGGCACAUUGUGCUUUUAUCACUCUCUCUCUCUUCUUUUAGUCAUCUAACAUUUACUAGCUAGGCUGUGGUUUAACAGUGAUGUAAUGUUUUUUUUAGACACACCGCAAUGAAUUUUAGGUAGUGUUGAAUGUAAAAAAAAGUCUUUUGAAUAUGUGAGUGCCUUUUUAACCAGUUAAUCAAAUGUUAAAAGAAACUGAACUGUUAACCACUUGUCUUUUCUUAAGAUGCAAGUGUUUUUGAAUGUCUUGACAGAAGUCAAGUCUCCAUAUCAAUGCACAGCUGUGACAAUUACAGUGAUGAAAUGUUACAUUUUUUUGCAUCCUACUGUGUCCUAUUUAUCUUAUGUGCAACGUUGAGUACGUUUCAAACAGUCCAGUAGGUUUUACAAAUAACUCCACAUCUGCGUAUUAAACUGUUAUGUAUUUGGUCACGGAGGAAAUGCCACCUCCUUUGACCGGGGGAGUCGGUUUUGUUUUGUGUUGUGCAGUGUUGAAUAUGACCUAACCUUACUGAGUCUUCUUGGUUAGUGUUCAUACAAUAUCGUCUUAUCUUUAUCUGUGAUAUUCUUCUUUGGGAAUGUUUAUACACCAUAGGAGUGGCCUAUGUUUACUUUCAGAACCUAGACAGUAUCACAGUGUGCAGCAUUACCAGAAAUAUGCAACAUUGUUUUUACAUCAUUUUUACAUUUUCUCUUAUGUUUUUUUGGACUGAAAAACAGAAGCACAUAGCCUCCAUCUAGUGGUGGUCUUUUUAACAUGAUGGCUCUGUAUGGUUUAUUUGCUUCUUUCCCUCAGGGAUUCAGACUGGUCACAUUUCUGAGACAAAUGAUCAACUAUGAGAGGUUAAUUGAAUUGGAGAGAAGUGUGGGUAAUCGUACAUCACUAUUCCUCACUAGUGUAAAUCUUUACUGAGCGUUGAAGAAUGAAGUGCCUUUUCUAUUACAUUUGUCAGUACGGUUCUGCUGCCACACCGUUUUUCACACAUAUUUAAUCUUUUUGAUACUGAGUAAACACACACCUUGACACGUUAUGAAUGUGUUUCGGUUGGAAAAGCGUGUGACAUGUUUAUUGAAAUCUUACUGUAUGUGAAUGCACUCACUCCUGUGAUACUGUCGCGGAAUCUUUGAGGAUGUGGAAGGGUACAAGCACUGUGAGGGAAUCCUGUGACCUUCCGCAUGAGAAUACUGUGUUUUUUGUGAGUGUGUCAAAAUCUCUAUUUUAGCAGUAUGUCAUAGAAUGAUGUGAGAAUAGAUUGCACUGCUUGAUUAAACACCAACAGGAAACCACAGUAUGUUGGUGUUUACUGGGCGGUGUGAGCAUGGCUUUAGUUUGAACUGAACUGUUCACAGGGUCCUAUCUUUUGUGCUGUGUUUUUGUCAUUUGAAUUUUUUUUUCUAUUUGCAUUUAUAAAGAUGUUUUUGAUUUGUUUCACUUGUUUGUAAAGUUUUUGUAAAUUAUACACACCAAAAAA